AUUAUCGCCAGGAGCGAUGACUCUACAACUUUACACUUACCCAGGGAAUUUCCGUGCCUUCAAGGCGCUUGUCGCGGCGGAGUACGUGGGCGUCGACAUCGAUGUGCCAGAUUUUGACAUGGAAAAGACAGCGAAGACGCCAUCUUUCCUCGCGAUGUCGCCUAUGGGUAAGGUGCCAGUACUCAAGACACCUCAGGGUGCCAUAUUCGAGUCUAACGCGAUCGCUCGGUAUGUAGCGCGACUACGCAAGGACUCUGAGAUCUACGGACGGACGUUCUACGAAUCGGCGCUCAUCGAUUCAUGGGUAGAUUUCUGUGCGCACGAGCUCGAACUCCCCUGUACGAUGUGGGUAUACCCGAUCAUCGGCUACAUGCCAUUCAAUGCGGCAGCUUUCGCCAAGGCUAAGGAGCAUGUCAGUGACGCGUUGGAUUCUCUGGAAAGGCACCUCGUCGAUAAAACAUACAUAGUCGGCGACGCAAUUACGUUGGCAGACAUUACGUUGGUUUCGGCGCUCGUCUAUCCUGCGAAGCUCGCCAUGGAUAAGCUUUUCCGCGCGAGAUUCCCCAACGUGUUCCGUUGGUUUGAUCUUUGUGUGCAUCAACCUCAAUUUGUUGCGGUCAUUGGUGACGUCGCACUUGCGGAGUCUGAGAUGUUGCCAGCAUCUGCUAGCAAUGCAUCGAGGGACAAAAAGGAGAAGCUCCCCAAAAAAGAAAAGGCGAAAGUUGAACAGCCGACAGAACCUAAGCCUGAAAAGAAAAAAGACCACCCCCUGAAAAUUCUAGACAAAGAAGAGCCGUCCGAGUUUGUGGGCGAUGUUUGGAAGAAAGUUUAUUCCAAUAAUCCGCCUGAUGUCUGGAAGAAGCAGUUCUGGGAGAUGUAUGACCCCAAAGGCUGGUCCCUUUGGGCGUGCAGAUUUAAGUAUAACCACGAGAAUGAAAAGCAGUUCAUGUGCGCCAAUGCGAUCGGCGGUUUCGUCCAGCGCUCUGAUGCUGUUCGGAAGUGGGCAUUCGGCGCCAUGUUUGUCACUGGGUCUGAACAGGACCUCCCGAUUGAGAUCUCUGGAGUCUGGCUGAUGCGUGGACAGUCAGUCGAGCAUCUCAAGGAUGCUAAUGAUGACGCUCUUUGCUACACAUGGACUAAAAUUGAUCACACUAGUCAGGAGAUGAUGGACUUUGUUGCCGAAUACUGGGCUGCAGAUGUCGAUGGGUACCUUGAGGGCAAACUUGUCACGGAUGGUAAAGUUUUCAAGUGAGAGCGGUUACGCACCAUUGCAGUUUGGACACCAUCAUACACCAUCGUGAAGUAAUCACAAUUGUGAUGAAGCUCCCAAAAGAAUGGACUCUGGACUUGGUAACGUCCUCCCUUGUAUCAGCGCGCACUUGGAGGUGGUAGCUUGCGGUGGCCUGCCUGUGGCCCAGGUAGCAAGCAAGUUCCCAGGUGCCUAAGGUGCCCACACCCUGCGCCCACACCCCUAACAGCCACUACGAAAAACCCAGCAAUCUCGAUUAAUCGAGCCACGGACGAUCCCCGCGACUGCAUUGUGGCCCGAGGGAGGCUGUGCGUUGGCACGAUUUGGGAGAAGGGGGUGAGAUUAAGACUGCCAAGUUUCAG